AUGAGUGCUUCGCCAAAGACCAAGGACGGCCGCCAUGCUUCCCCAGCGCCGCGCAAGUCUUCAGGUCCCUUUCCACCCAGCCCGCUACAGACUGCCACUGGCGCAAAGCCCGCACUCGAGGAGACACGGCGGCCGUCGACAAUUCAGUUUCUGGCGCAUAGGAAUGCAUCAUUACCGAGAGGCACACCCAGACCCCGCGAGCGACGUCGGCUAUCGUCACCGCCGCCUCCACCCGUCUUCCAGAACCGAGUGUCUUUUGACACGUUUGACAAGCCUGCCGACUUUAUAGAAGAGAGCUCCUUCACACUCAUCGCCAAACACAAAGACUACGAGUACACGAAGCGCUCGCGGACGUUCCUGUGUGGUUUCGACGAGAACGAGUAUUCAGUAUAUGCCCUUCAGUGGCUCAUUAACGAGCUGGUGGACGACGGCGACGAGAUAGUAUGCCUGCGCGUAGUCGAAAAAGAAGACGCAAUAGCCGGAGACCGCAGUGUUGAGUCGGGCCGGUAUCGCGUUGAGGCUGAGAACACAAUGGCAGAUAUACAGAGCCGCAAUCACGACAACAAGGCUAUCAACUUGAUAUUAGAAUUUUCAAUAGGCAAGGUCAACAAGGUCAUAGACGACAUGAUUAACCUCUACGAGCCCGCGAUUCUAGUGGUCGGCACAAGAGGCAAAAGUCUAGGUGGCUUCCAAGGGUUGCUUCCCGGAAGUGUGUCAAAGUAUUGUCUGCAGCAUUCGCCAGUCCCUGUCAUCGUUGUCCGACCAACAUCCAAACGCGACAAGGCAAAGAGCAAGCGCACGAACGAUCCCGAUAGGCAGGGCUACCGAGAGCUUCUUGCGAAGAGUGAGAGACUGCCAGAGUACGACAGCCCGCGAAACACCUUCUUUGCGAACGAAGACGAGGCAGCGACGGUUGGAGCAGCCGCGACAACACCUAAGCCAGUCGCAGAAACAGCGCACCCCUUGGCACAGGUUGAGCGUGCGCAAGAUAGCAGCGACGAUGAGCUGGAGACGGGCAACAGCGAUGCAUUGCUUGGAGAUGAUCCACGGAGUCCAGGCCCCAUGAUGAAGAGCCCACAUCUACAGAAUCUCGACAGCCCCGAACUGAGCAGCCAGUCCAGCAGUGAGGACGAAGACGAGCGGGGCGAAGGCUCAACAACGACUGGAAUGUCUACUGUAGAUUUGGCGUCACAGAAUGCUGAUGCAAGCACCGAAGAGCCCAAGCCGGCAGAGAGUCCCGAGCCGCAGGAGAGCUCCAAGUCGUACGUGGACAGUCUCAUAAAAGCAGCUCAGGAGGGGUCUGAAGAUGCGGCACCCGCUGGAAAGGGUGCACCAGAAACAUAG